AUGGCCUCUAUAACUGCAUUUAACGAUUUCUGUAUUGUAUGUGAUCAAUUGAUCCCAUCAAUUAAUAGUGAUGGUGUCGUUAUACGUGGUAAAAAACUGAAGCAGGAACAAUCGCAUUUAGUACAGAAUAAUGGUAAUAAAUAUGUGAAUAACCUAUAUUGUUCAGAAAAUUGUAGAUUACGUGAUAUAAAUAAUAUGAAACAGGCCAAUAAUGAUAAUCAAUACCAUAAUGCUAGCAUCUGCAGUACCAUUAGUAAUACACACAGUAAUAUAAACCUUGAUUAUGAAAAGCCUUCCUUUGAAAUACCAUCUUUAAUAUUUCCAUCGUUAUCCUUGGUUAAAAAUAUAGACAAUAAUGCAAAUAUUUUCAAUAGCGAAGAUGAAAAGGUAUUAGAUGAAUAUUAUCGUAAACAUGCCCAUGUUUCAGACGGUAAAAAUGAAAAUAACGACAAAAUCCGUUAUUGUUAUUGUUGUUGUUCUUCUUCUUCCCCCUCUCCUUCGUCUUCUUCCUCAUCAGUAUCAUCUUCAUGUUCUUCGUCUUCUGAUAGUUCUGACAAUGGUCAUCAUAAUAGUUUUAGCCCGCCAAUGAACAUGAAUUCACCAGUAUAUUUAUCUUUACUACCUGAAAAUAGUAGCAAUGUGAACAAUACUGCGAAGAACCAUAAUGGCUCUUUAGAGUUUUAUUUCCCAAGAAAUUACUCACAGUCACUUUAUGAUGACGACAUGCAUCCGCAUUACAAUCAUUAUGAAGAUGUUGUUCUUCAUAAGCUAAACACUGCUUGCAAUGAUAAGCCUGAUGAUAUUAAAUAUAAUAGCAAUAAGCCUACAAACUUUUUGGCCUCUGAUCAUAUUGCUGAAGAUAACUAUAGAUUAUGGUUAGAUUCCACAUUGAAGUGA